GCAGAUUUGCUUUCCCAACUACAUUUUAUCAAAAUAAAACCCCAACUUCCACAAUGAUACCAGACUCAAUGUCUCUUCAAAUUUUCUUCAAAUUUCUUAAGAAAAUAUCAGUUGAAUCUCGAGUAAGGGAGAGGAGACCGCCUUCAACACUUCACGAGGAACUAUUUCGUCGUCAAUUUAGGAGACUACCUUCAGCCCUUGAAGAGGAACUAUGUCGUCAGUUUUCACUAGCGGAGCUCAGAGCAGCCACCAACAACUUUGCUAAUGAUUCUAUCAUCGGUACAGGAGGCCAUAGUUUGGGCUCAGGUUACAAAGGAAUUAUUGAUGGCGGUACCUUAGUUGCUGUGAAACGUUGUAGUAGGUGCUCAAUAUCAUCACUAGAUGGAAUUGAAUACUUCCGAACUGAGAUGAAGUUGAUCUGCCAGCUGCGUCACCAGAAUCUUGUCUCCCUCCUCGGCUUCUGUUACGAGAAUGGUGAGAGGAUGCUUGUGUAUGAAUACAUGACCAAUAGGGCAUUGUGUGAUCAUCUUCAUGCGGGCGCUGAUCCACUCCCAUGGAAGCGGAGGCUAGAGAUAUGCAUUGGGGCAUCGCGUGGAUUACAUUACCUGCACACUGGCGCAAAGUAUUUAAUAAUCCACCAUGAUAUCAGGAGUUCUAAUAUUCGUCUGGACAAUAAAUGGACUGCUAAGCUUGCUGAUUUCGGUUUUUCCAAGAUUGGCUCCCCAAGCAUGUCAAAGCCGAAGCCAAAGGUUUUGACAAAAAUGGAAUCUCUUCCAAGUAGGAAUAAUGGCUACAUGGCUCCAGAGUAUCAAAUGCGUGGUGAACUUACCGAAAAAUGUGAUGUGUUCUCACUUGGUGUUGUUUUGUUUGAAGUAUUGUGUGGUAGGUUGGUAAAAGAGUUCGUAAAUUCCAAAGAAAAUGUAGUUUUCUGGAUAAGUAAAUGCAUCAAAGCUGGAAGUAUUCAUGAUAUCAUUGAUCCAUAUCUGAAAGGAAAGCUAGCACCAGCGUGUUUGAUAGAAUUCGUGGAGAUUGCUCUUAGUUGUGUUCAUCCAAAGGCAAGUGAACGACCUUCAAUUGGAGAAGUUGAGGUGAAAUUAGAACUCGCAUUGGAGCUGCAGGAGAAAGCAGACCUGGUCAUGAAGGUUGUCAACCCUCAAGGUGGCUAUACUUAUGAAGAAGUACCAUUUCGUUUAUCAGUUAGCGAUUAUUAUGAAAUCUGGAAUAAUGAAUACUUGUCUUCCCCAGACAACGUUUCUAACGGAGAUUGCGUCUCGGCCUAGGUGCUAUGUGUUAAUUUUUUUAUUGGCUGAAGCCACGUGCACGUUGUGAAAGUUAUGAAUUAAUAGAAGAUUAUUCCUAAGUUGAAUACCGUAUUAAACCAUUUUUUGUUUCUUUUUUUUGAGAAAGAAGGAAACUUGAUACUGCAAUAACUAGGACUAAACUCAGAGUAACAUGUGCAAUUCCUUUAUUAAAUUACAUCAGAUUUA